AUGUCGGGUUAUAAGCGUGUUAAUUUCUACGAACUAUGUAGGUUAUGCGCUAGCAACAACCAGAAAGACAAAACGCAUAUUUUUGACAACGAGGGAAAGAAAAUACAGCUACAAAAUAAGAUUGAAACUUGUUUAUCGCUUACAGUGUUUGAAGACGAUUGUUUACCCAAAGUGGUGUGUUCGAAAUGCCUGGAAAAUUUGGAAAAUUGCUUUACAUUUCAGCAAGAAUGUGUGGGAUCAGAGACUAUGUUGUCGACCUAUUUCAGAAAUUUUCGGUGGACUGAGGACUUUAAAAAGUCCGGGAAGGUGUACAUCAAGGACACAAAACCACCCCCACAAUCUGAAGUAACGACCACUUCGACAAAUGUCCAGCAAGUGCAAAAACAGCAAAAUUUUCAGGAGCAAAUUCAAGAAAAAAACCCAGUGGAGGCGUCGGUGCCGUUUUACACCCUACAACUACCAACCAUCGUAACAAACCCAAAUGUAACAUCAAAAAACCCCAAAGUCGAAAUAUUGGAAUCCAAAAUCAUACAAAACCCCAAUCAAAAUCAAAAUUUCAGUUCCCUUAAUUUAAACGCCAUAAAUAAGAGUAAUAGGAAUGAAGUUUUGAGUAAUGUUGUUGUCAAUUCAAACGGUGAAGUUUUGAAUAUUGCCCAGUUGUAUCCAGAUUUUGAGGUUAUAAAUCCUAACAGUAUAAGGAAUAAAAAAAAUCGACGAAAGGAAUCACCGAUUGUAACAAAAGAUCCAUUAAGUUUGGAGGACAACAUCAUUAAAAUCGACUUAACAGAAGAAACAUACGAAAAACAACAGCUAAUGAAUAAAAAUAAAAGUUUUAUUUACAACGAGAAAAUCGAGGAAAAACACAACCAAAACCACACCGUGAUUUAUAAUAACGUAACAGAAAACGGCAACUACAACUCCUACACAUCAAGCAACAAUAUGUACAGUCAACAAAACAACUUAAACAUCGUUAACACAACAUCAACAAACAACAUCAUAACAAACUCGAAUGUAAUACAAGAGACCUCGACGAUAAAUCUAAACAUCCUCAACCAAAACAUGUCGGAUAUAUCGGGACACAAUAAUCAGUACAGUAGAUCGAAUAAUCUACCCAACAUAAUACAGCACGUUACAAUAGCGGCGCCAAAGGUGGAGAUGGUCGAGGCUGACGCCCCAGCGGUGACAAUCGACACUACUACCACAAGCAACAUGGAAAAAUCCCACACUUGCGACAUAUGCAAGAAAUCUUUCAAGCGUCGCGAGCAUUUAUAUCAGCAUGUUAAGUUGCACACCGGGUUCAGGCCGUACAGGUGCGAGAUGUGCAAUAAAGCGUUCAUGAGGAAAGAGCACUUGCUUCGUCAUAUGACGUUGCACUCGGGCCAAAAAAAUUACCA